UUUAAAAUGUGUGUGUGUGAAAAUCCUUGGAAACAGCAAAGUCAAAGAGCAUUUUCCUGCUGAAACCAAUGGCAGGUCCUUUAACAUCGGCCCAGCCCUGCAGGCGCUGAGGUCUACACGUGGCAGCCAGACCAGGAGGCAGGAACUUUGCCAGAGAAAUCUCUUCUGGACUCAGGACCAGGCCAAGGUGGCCACACGGUCCCGGAUCCUGGAAGAGCAGGGUCUGACACUUUCUGGGAGCCACUGCGGAAGGGCGCGGCGGUGCGCGGCUCUCAUGGCUGCGGCCGGCGCGACCCCUCCCGGCUCCCUAGACCUGUUGCAGCCCGGCUUCUCCAAGACCCUCCUGGGGACCAAGCCGGAGGACAAGUACCUGUGCUCGGCCUGCAGGAACGUGCUGCGCAGGCCUUUCCAGGCACAGUGCGGCCACCGCUACUGCUCCUCCUGUCUGACCAGCAUCCUCAGCUCCGGGCCUCAGAACUGCGCCGCCUGCGUUCACGAGGGCAUAUAUGAGGAAGGCGUCUCUAUUCUGGAAAGCGGUUCGGCCUUCCCAGACAACGCUGCGCGCAGGGAGGUGGAGAGCCUGCCGGCUGUCUGUCCCAGUGACGGCUGCACCUGGACGGGGACCCUUAAAGAGUAUGAGAGCUGUCAUGAAGGACACUGCCCGUUCGUGUUGACCGAGUGCCCGGCGUGCAAGGGCCUGGUUCGCCUUGGGGAGAAGGAGCGUCACUCGGAGCACGAGUGCCCGGAGAGAAGCCUCAGCUGCCGGCACUGCCGGGCGCCCUGCUGCUGGGCAGACAUGAAGGCGCAUCACGAAGUCUGUCCCAAGUUCCCCUUGACUUGCGACGGCUGCGGCAAGAAGAAGAUCUCACGGGAGAAAUUCCAGGACCACGUCAGGGCGUGUGGCAAGUGCCGGGUCCCGUGCAGGUUCCAUGUCGUCGGCUGCCCCGAGUUGGUGGAGAGCGAAAGGCAGCAGCAGCAUGAGGCCCACUGGCUCCGGGAGCACUUGGCCAUGCUGCUGGGCGGCCUCCUGGAGGCCAAGCCCCUCUCUGGGGCAGGGGACCACCUCCUGAGCCAGAGCGAGGUGGGCGGCUGGGAAGCCAGCACGCUGCUCCCCAAGGCUGCGGAGCUGCCGCAGCGGUGCGAGGCCCUGGAGAGGAAGACCGCCACCUUCGAGAACAUCGUCUGCGUCCUGAACCGAGAGGUGGAGAGGGUGGCCAUGACCGCCGAGGCCUGUGGCCGGCAGCACCGGCUGGACCAGGACAGGAUCGAGGCCCUGAGUAACAAGGUGCAGCAGCUGGAGAGGAGCAUCGGUCUGAAGGACCUGGCGAUGGCAGAGCUGGAGCAGAAGGUCCAUGAGAUGGAGGCGACCACCUUCGACGGCGUGUUCGUCUGGAAGAUCUCCGACUUCGCCAGGAAGCGGCAGGAGGCCGUGGCGGGCCGCACGCCCGCCAUCUUCUCCCCAGCCUUCUACACGAGCAGGUACGGCUACAAGAUGUGUCUGCGCAUCUACCUGAACGGAGACGGCACUGGGCGCGGGACACACCUGUCCCUCUUCUUCGUGGUGAUGAAGGGCCCCCACGACGCGCUCCUACGCUGGCCCUUCAACCAGAAGGUAACCUUAAUGCUGCUCGACCAGAACAACCGGGAGCACGUGAUCGAUGCCUUUAGACCCGACGUGACCUCGUCCUCUUUCCAGAGGCCGGUCAGUGACAUGAACAUUGCCAGCGGCUGCCCCCUCUUCUGCCCCGUCUCCAAGAUGGAGGCCAAGAACUCCUACGUGCGCGAUGAUGCCAUCUUCAUCAAAGCCAUCGUGGACCUGACGGGGCUCUAGCUGCCUCCCCCCGGGGUCGGGUCGGGGGUCAGGAACCGCGGGGCCGGUGGCUCGCCGAGGAGCCACCACGCAGGGCCUGAGCCUCGCAGUGGGUGGGCACCUGCCGAGUUCACGUCCCACUGGGAAGGGGCCGCCCUGGGAGAGGCCGCUCCGCCCAGGCCCCGUGGGGUGGGCUGCAGGCCUGCCAGGAGCUGGCGGAGGGCCGGCCGUGCGGGCGCUGGGGGCAGGGGGAGCCGAAGUCAAGGGGAGCCGGCACCGUGUCCCGCCCUACGGCCUGGAGAGAAGGGACGUUCUCGGGCCUGGCCGCUGCUCUGAGAGGUCCUGCUGUGCAGGCCUGGCCAGGCCAGCGGGCAGGGAGGGCACUCUGUGUCCUUGGGGCAUCCUGUCGGCUGCCCCUGUGGCAAGUGUGGGGUGCGCACUCGGCCCUGCGACGAGACAGGAUGGGUCGGCUGCCCCGUUGGGCUGCGGAGAAGUCGUUAUUAAAGUGUUAAAUCUCUGG